CAUUUCCCACAUAGUGAUUACUUCAUUAAUUGUCCCGCCUUUAUCUCCUCCCUUCCCAUCCCCCCUAAUAAUCAGUUCUUUUAUCCAGACCAACAAACACACCAUAGGAGCUUUGUGGAUUCAAAGGAUUUGCUUUCGCUUCUGAAAGAGCCGCUAUUCUUUGAUGAUUGGGCAGCGGCAAACUUCAAAGCCAUAAAUCUUCCUCCUGACUGGCUGGCGGCCCAGCAAAGUCCUUAUCAAAUUCUUGGAGGUGAUCCUGGUGCAGUCAGACAGUCCGCGGAGAUCGCGCUGAGCCCGGGCUGGCCGAGACGGGCAGAAGUCGGCGAGGGGGAGAAGAAAUCGAGCGGAGGGCGAGGGAACCGGGCAGCUUUUUGGCUGCCUCUUGGCGACUUUAUGUCGCGGCGGUGGCCCUCCGACCUCUUCUCCCUCCGGACGCGAUAGCCAUGGCCGCGGUGGCCGUCCUCCGGAACGACUCCCUGCAGGCGUUUCUUCAGGAUCGGACCCCCAGCGCCUCUCCCGACUUGGCCAAGCACUCGCCUCUGGCUCUCCUGGCCGCCACCUGUAGCCGCAUCGGGCAGCCUAGCGCGCCGGUCGCUCCUUCUGAUUUCCUGCAGGUCUCCUACGAGGCCAACUUGGGCUCCCCGUCCAGGAUCUUCCACCCGUGGAGCAGCGACAUGCCGGCCCACUCACCGGGCGGACUGCCUCCCCCGCCGCCGAGCCUCGGGCUCACCCCGCAGCCGGCUUUCGCGGCCGGCCACGAGCUGCCGCUGACGCCCCCCGCGGAUCCGUCGUACCCUUAUGAGUUCUCGCCGGUCAAGAUGCUCCCGGCCUCCAUGGGCGCCCUCUCCUCCGCCUGCCCGCCGCCGGCGUACGUGCCCUACGCAGCCCAGGCGGCCCUCCCGCCGGGUUACUCCAACCUGAUGCCCCCGCCGCCCGCCCCUCAGUCCUGCCGGCAGCUCUCGCCGGGGCCCGAGGACCUCCCUUGGUGGAGCAUCCAACAGGCGGCGCCAGGGCCGGGCACUUGCGCGCAUCGCUUCGCCGGCGGGUUGCAGCGCGGGCUGGUCUUGGCGCCCUCGGAGCUGGCGCAGUACCAGUCGCAGCUGGCCGCCCUGCUGCACCCCAAAGCGCCCCUGGCGGCCACGGCCAGGAGGUGCCGCCGCUGCCGCUGCCCCAACUGCCAGGUGGCGGCGGGCAACGGGCCCGACGCCACCGCCGAGCCUGGGAAAAAGAAGCAGCACGUGUGCCACGUCCCGGGCUGCGGGAAGGUCUACGGCAAGACGUCGCACCUCAAGGCGCACCUGCGCUGGCACACGGGCGACCGGCCCUUCGUCUGCAACUGGCUCUUCUGCGGCAAGAGCUUCACGCGCUCCGACGAGCUCCAGCGGCACCUGCGGACUCACACCGGCGAGAAGCGCUUCGGGUGCGCCGAGUGCGGCAAGCGCUUCAUGCGCAGCGACCACCUGGCCAAGCACGUCAAAACGCACCAGAACAAGAGGCUCAAGGCCGGCCUCGGCCUUCCCGGGGUCGACGGACGCGCUUGCGCAAUCAAGCGAGAGGAGUCGCGGGACUUGUGACCUGUUGCGGGGUGGGUUGUGCUGAGGCGCUUUUCCUCAGCCGCCCCCUUGCAGGCUUCGGAGCGGCUCGCUUCUCUUUCUGAGAAAAUUUCCACUUCAGCCCCAUACAGAUCUGCACAUUUCGGGAACAAGUGGGAGAGGUCCUUGUUUGGAGACCAUUACAGAGGAGCUAUGACACGCACAGCACACACACGGAAAAUUUCCAACGUCCAGCACCUUAGAUGAUUGCUUGUCAGAUAGAUUUCCUUUAAGAAGCAAUUGAAAAAUCAUUGGUCAGGAGACUUAAGGGAUUGGUGGUUUCCCUUGGAUUCCAAUCUCAGCCCUGGGGAACUAAAAUUGCCACCCUCCCACAGUCCUCGUUUUGUGUGAUUUGAGGUGCAGCCAUGAAACCCAUCUGUGGAUUUGGAACUGCUCUGUGGAUCUGAAAUUAGCCUUCUGUGAAGAGGUUUUUUCCCUUUGGGCCUCCCCCCCUUCCCCCGCCCUCCGACUUUUUUGAACUCCAUAUUAAAGCUAUCCUGGAAUCUCAUCUUCCAUCCAGCUCCCCACCAAAGGAUUAUGGCUUCUUUGACAAUUGCUUGUGGCCAGAAGAUUGUGGUCCCACCUUCCACCACAUUUGGAAACAUCUGGCCAUAAUGGACUAGAACGCUUUAAAAAAAGAAAGAAAGAAAGAAAGAAAGAGCAACAUUAGCCUGGUGUCUUGGUAUAAUUUUGUGCUUAGGUGGGGAGAGAUCGGCCCUUUGUAUACAGUUUAUUUAAAGCUUUGGAUAAAAUCUUUCCCCCUUCCUUCCCUCCUUAUUUUUAUACUUGACUCCCUUAUGGGGACUACACCAUGAGAAGUUUGAAGUGACACACAGUGCAUGCUAAAACAAAUGCAUCAAACCUGGGGUCAUAUUGGGAAGAUCCCACUGAGCUGAUUUUGUCUGGUUGUUUGUUUCUUCUGAAACUUUUAGAACAUAUACCACUAACCCAUUUUAAGUGUUUGUUUCACCUCAACAAAUGCCCCUUUUAGAUGGAGAGCACCUUAGUAUGAGGUCCAACCUGCAGCCCAUAUUAUUAAAACUCAGCAUUGUAAAGAUCACCUAUAUUUUCCUUGUGGAAUAUAUUGUAAUGGUAUCAAAUGUGUGACUUUUUAAUUGCUUUAGCUAUUAUUUUUUAAAACAAUUGCUGAUAUACCCUGUUUGCACCCCAGCUGAAAACUGCAAAGUGCAAGGAGCUUGAUCCAAAAUGAGAAACAGAAAUCAACUACUGUAUAAUUAUAUUGAAGGAAUUUAUGUUUAGUGGUGUUAAAGUCAGCAAGGCUUAUUUCUGUGUAAUAACAACCACCAGCCAAAGUUAAAAUAGUUUUUUGUUUGAUUUCCAUUGUCUUCAUUGGGCUUAAAAGUUGCAAGAUCAUGCUUAAUGUUGAAAAAGCAGCAUACAGUAUGACUUUUAAGAAGAAAUAUAUGGCAGUACAUAUUUUUUGCCAUUUUUGUUCAGUCUUCUGCACUGCUAAAAUUGUUUCACAUUUUAGAAGAUUUCAA